AUCAAUUGGCGGCUAUAUUUUUAGAAAACUGCGCAUGCGCCACGACUGGAGUCACAAAAGAUUUCACUAAAAUGACGUGAAACGUGUUUGAGCGUUGAAAUGUGUUUACAAAGGCUUUUUUUACGACGGUGGUUACAGAAGCCCUUCCGAUUGAGAUUAACUUCUAACCUCUAACAAUGUGGGUAUAAGUCGAGGAUGAAAUUUGGCGCCGACAUGUUUUAACGGUGGUGGUUGGGUUUGUGUGCUCUAAGAUGUCUGAGAUUGCUUGCACGCUACGAGUCUCGUAAUCAGGGGCUUUGGGUGCGAGUUUGGCGUGCUGCCAAAACUUUAAGAUGUCAAAAAUUCAUUCUGGCGCCUUUAAAAGAGGGAGAACGGCGGUGGGGGAGGGAGUAGUUUCUAUUAGUGCUCCCCAACAAACUACUACCUAACUACUAUCUUACUAUGCUAUUCCCAUUCUUUUUUUAAUAUGAUCUGUUCGGAAGGAACAAAAGAUUUAUCUAAUCUCCUCUUAGCGUUAUAUUCUUAUUACCUGAUAUUAAAAUUCUCAACUUAAUUGCCUAGUUCGUCUUUUUUUUUUUUUUGCUUGCAUCCGUGGAGAAUGUGCAUUGACGACGCGUCUCAUAAAUACAUACAUUUUACGAUUUGUUCAAAUUCAAGUACAUUGACCAAAAGCAGUUAAAAGUUUAGAGAGACAGGAACGAAGAAUUUAAAAAUGAAAAAGAUUACUAGCCAAUGACGUCAGCUACCUCAAGUAUUGUUAAUGGUAACGUUGUAAUAUGUUCCGACAGCGGGUACUUCAGAAAUAUAUUUGACAUUUCAGUCUUAGUUACAAACCCAAGCGGUUCCUUUGUAAAUUUAAUUCAGCAUGCAGAUUAAGCAGGACGAUUUUGUUUCACUUUGAAAUGAUCUGGCGAGUUGUUCAAUUUAGAGCGAAGGUCAUUCCUUAAGGUAGGAUGGCUCGGCGAACAUGGAUUUCAGUGGCUCGCCUUGUGAUUACAAUUCUUGGAUUCUCUUGGGGCUGCAACUCAAUCCAGUGCAAAACAGGAUGGCAGGAAUGGAAUGACGCUUGCUAUAAACUAUUCACUGAUCAAAAACCUUUCUCGGAAGCCUCCGCUACUUGUAAAAACGACAGUGCGAACCUUGUGUCAAUACACAGCGCCCAAGAAAACGAAUUUGUUCGAAGUCUGUUAGGGAAUAGAGAUGUUUUCGUUGGCUUUAGCGACAGUGAUGUCGAGGCAACGUUUGUGUGGGUCGAUGGAAGCACUGUUACGUAUACGAACUGGGAAGCUAGUGAACCAGAUGAUGACUAUGGCAUGGGUGACUGCGUGAUUGUUAUAGGAACGAGUGGCAAAUGGAAUGACACGCCGUGUAUCAUGUGGUAUGAGUUCAUGUGUAAAUUCACAGACGCGCAACCUUUAGGAGGGAAAGAUAGGGAUGUGAUGAGCAAAGAACAGACUUUCAUCAAUUACGAGCAGAGAGCCCUUCUCUACCACGUGAUCUACAAAACAUCCACGCCGUCCCUGACUUAUUGUGCGAUGGUUUGUAUGAAUACUCUAAAGUGUAAAACGAUCAAUUACGAAUCAGCGCUUGGCAAAGAGGAAGGGGAAUGCGAACUUAAUGACGCUACGGCGGACGAAUUUCCUCUGCACCUUACGCAUUCUUCGCGUUCGCUUUAUUCUGUUCCUUAUAGGUAGUGCUAGACGUUGCCAAAACCAAUUUAUAUAAUCGAACGUAUGGUGGUAGGUACCAACAUAUCAGGACAUUGAGAAAUGUCAAAUACUUAGUGGCAGCAGAAGUGCUUUCAUCCGCUCGAUAAUUUCAACUAAAUUGAAAAUUUCGAUCAGCAAAAGUUUAGGCUUAUAGCUAUCAAAACGUCAACCUCGUUCGAUUUAACCUGUCUCGGAGCGAGAAAAAUAAAACCUGCACCCGUCUUAUAGCUUCUUAUGUAACAUAAA